AUGGAACAUGAAGCCGUCGGUGCCUUGCAUGAUGCGCAUGAUGAGCUGGAGUUCACGUCAGAGAGCGUCCUGAAGCUGUUCAACAAGACCCAGAUCGGCAAGAAGCUUGUGACAGGCUUCCGCUUGAACCAGGUUGCGAUCACAGACUAUCAUCAUGCAUUGUGGCCGGGAGUUGCUGUAAAGCUCUUGGACCCCAAGCAGGGACGUACCAAAGGACAGUCUCCCCAGCAGACGUUUUGGGCACGGCAAUUAACCAUGCCAACUUCCAUGCUCAUUGCGUACGUUGCGUUUGCACUGGGCGCAUCCAAACGCAACCCAUCUGUUCGGUGUUUUGCUGCUGAUGGAUUUGCAACAUUCCUCGUUAUGCUGGCUUCGUGUUUGGGUGGCCUUUGCUUGCCCCAUGAACGUUUCGGGGACAAUGCCCGAACAAGCCUGCAUGUGGAUGCCAGAGGUGAGAUUGACAGUGAAGAAUUCUGGACUUUUGAUUUCUUUCGACUGCAUGCGCAGGCAAGUUGGGCCAAGGAUCUGGCUAGCACCACGAAGAAAUGGAUCACUAAAGAGCCAGUGAUGGCGAGACUUCCGCUUGCUCAGGUCCUGGCAUUUUGUCUGGACCCCAGCCACCCGAUGGCUCUGAAAAAUGAAGUGACAAGCAAGGUGUAUACACUCCUGACUCAUCUGGCGUAUGUUUUGGAUGAUGCUGUCCCACGUAUUCGCAAUUCCGUAGAUGCGCUUCCAAGUGGCACUGCCGGAAAGGUAACCUGCAAACGCAGAUCAGGCAACAACUGUACACUUGUGGAGGGACUUGCCAACAAAGUUUGGUCUGGAGAGGACGGUGUCACAGGACCGAAUGCUGUCCUCAGCGAUUUCAAGCCUUCCGAAGGUGCAGAAGGAGAAACUGAAGCCAGCUUCAGUGAGUCAUCCGGCAACGGUCACUUCGAUGCAUUCUUGGCAUGUGCAGGUGUGCAGCAGUUUCCUGUUUUGAUGGCCCAUGUUUACAUGGAUGCCAGCAGCGUCGCGAAGCGACCAACUGAGCUUGUCUGGCUUUGGUCGCCGGAGAAGCAGAUAGGUGGAUGGUGUCCGCCCAUCGUCGGAGUCUCAAACUUUGCUCUGCGCACGGAUAUGGUCAACGAGGACCGGCUGCAACAGGCAGCUCGUUGCGUGCAGCUGGCGUGGGCCAAGAUACAGAAAAUGCUUUCCAUACCAGACUUGCAGGCAAGAGCAAUGUUGGAUGUGUAA